UACUCGUCGUAAAAAAAUAGAAGGUUCUAAUGACCUUGAUUCAUUUCUUACCAAAUAUCAAUAUUUACCCGAACUGCUUGAAAUUGCUCACUAUUUUGAUGACCAAACAAAAAUUUUUUUGAAUGAACAAUUAGGGAAAAAGUUUUACAAACUAACAAUGAAAGAUAUAAAGGAAAAUGACUACAUAAGCCUUCCUAAUAUUUAUCAGCAGUCUUUUUUUGGAGUUGAAAACGAGACUGCUUUGGAAGAUUUGAUUAUUGAAAUUAAUGAAAGAAAAGGCAAUGCUGAUGUUGAAUUAGUUCCACCACGGCAUUUUGCCUAUAAUCCUGCUCGAGCUAACAUCGGCUCUAUUAAUUUUAAUGAAAGUCAAAAAACUGGUUGCGUCAGCCCAGCUUAUGUUGUUUUCAAAGUAGCAAGCGAAGAAAAAAUUAAUCCUCGGUACCUUUUCCAUUUAUUAUCAUCGGAGCAGUUUAAAAAUCAAGUUAAACAAAUCUGCUUUGGGACAGUUCGCCAACCACUAAAAUUUGAAUUAUUCAAAAAAAAGAUAACCAUUCCUCUUCUUUCUCUAGAAGAACAAAAAAAGAUUAGUGAUGUUUGUCUAAUCAAUCCUCCUAAAUCUGAAAUAAAAAGCGAAGAAAGCAUUCAAGUUUCUUUUUUACCAAUGGAAGACUGUGAAGCCUACUUGCUUUAUGUUGAACCAACCAAAACUAAAAAACUUGGAGAAAUUUACCAAAACUAUACUUACUUUGCUGAAAAUGACUUGCUUUUAGCUAAAAUGGCAAAUUCUUUUGAAAAUGGCAAAAUGAGCAUUGCCAAAAAUUUAAAGAAUGCAGGAAAGGAAACGAUAAGAGGAACUGCUCAGCAAAGAAUUAGUUCACAAUUUGUUAGCAAUUAUUUUAUUUCUGUUCCUCCUCUCGAAGUUCAGAAAAAAUUUAUUGAAGAGGUAAAACAAGAUGAAAAAGAUAAAGAAUAUUGUUUAAAAUUUAUAGAACACCAAGAAGAAAAAAGAAUAAGCGUAUUAGACAGCCUUUGA